CGCUAGCUCUGAGGCGCGCGUGCAUAGCUUUGAGAGGCCAUUGGGGUGGCAAUUGCGCUGGCAAAGUGACUAUUUACGCCAUCGCUGCGCGCGAUUCCUGUCGGCCAAGCUGCACUGCGUUGCUUGCCACCACUGUCAUAAACCCUGAGAGCACCAGCUGGCACAGCCAUGCUCGCGCGACGGACGACGACAGCCCUCGUCGGUUUGACAGUUUUCACGAAUGCCUUUCAGCUGCCGCGCCGCGCGUUGCGGCCGACGCGGCGACGCGCGGCUGAUGAUGAGGACGACUUCGACUUCGAGGCCGCGUUCAAAGCAAGGGUGGAGGAGGUGCAGCAGAUCGACGUCGUCGAGGCGGUGUUCGGGGACGAGGGGCCGCCUCUAGAUCUCGAGAAGAUGGCGGCCCUCGGCAAGGAGGCCGCGGUCGUCGGCGUCGCCGCCAUCGCCGGCGCGUUCCUCCUCCUCUUCUCGUCCCUCUUCUUCACGCAGUCGAAGAGCCCGCUGAAGGACCAGCCCGUCGAAAAUAUGGAUCCUGGCGUCUGCCUCUCGGGGAAAUGUGCGAACGGCGCGCCGCGCGUGAAAGCGCUAGAGUUCACGUCCGACCGCUUCGCCGACGACCGCAACGCGGCGCGCGCGGAAAACCCGGAGCCGUUCCUCGAGUAACUAUGUUCGUUUCG